AUAAACAUUUCCAAAAAAGGAAAAAAAAAUUGAACUUUAUACCAAAUAUAGAGAAAAUUUUAAUUCUUGAUGUGGUUUGGUGUUUGAUUUGGAUAUACAUUGCCAAAAAAGGGAAAAAAAAUUGAACUUUAUACCAAAUAUAGAGAAAAAUUGAAUUCUUGAUGUGAUUUGGUGUUUGAUUUUGAUAUACAUUUCCCAAAAAAGGAAAAAAAAAUUGAACUUUAUUCCAAAUAUAGAGAAAAGUUGAAUUCUUGAUGUGGUUUGGUGUUUGAUUUUGAUAUACAUUUCAAAAAGGAAAAAAAUUGAACUUUAUACCAAAUAUAGAGAAAAGUUAAAUUCUUUAUGUGGGUUGGUGUUUGAUUUUGAUAUACAUUUCCAAAGAAGGAAAUAAAUUUGAACGCUAUACCCAAUAUAGAGGAAAGUUGAAUUCUUUAUGUGGUUUGGUAUUUAAUUUUGAUAUAAAUUUCCAAAAAAGGAAAAAAAAUUGAACUUUACACCAAAUAUAGAGAAAAGUUGAAUUCUUGAUUGAGUAGGUGUUUGAUUUUGAUAUACAUUUCCCAAAAAAGGGAAAAAAUUGAAAUAUAUACCAAAUAUAGAGAUUUCAAGAAUUGAUCAAUAGAGGAAAGGGGACAAUGGUGACUGAGGUGAUUACGGUGAGGAAUCCGAUAAGCACGGUGUUAGAAAGAGUUGGAGUUUAUGGUUUUGUAGGUAGCAAAAAUGAAUUUAAAGAUGAAAAUGAUACAAUGGAAAUGGUGCAACUUGGUGCUGAAAGAACAAAAAAUGUGCUUAUUUUGAUGAGUGAUACAGGUGGUGGACAUAGGGCUUCGGCUGAGGCGAUUCGUGAUGCUUUUCAUUUGGAAUUUGGAGAUGAGUAUAAUAUUUUUGUAAAAGAUGUUUGGAAGGAAUACACUGGAUGGCCAUUGAACAGCAUGGAACAACAAUACAAGUUCAUGGUUAAACAUGUGCAGCUUUGGAGUCUUGCAUUUCACGGCACGUCCCCUCGGUGGAUACACUCUGCCUAUCUUGCUGCCAUUGCCGCCUUCUAUGCCAAGGAGGUGGAAGCUGGCCUGAUGGAGUACAAGCCAGACAUCAUCAUUAGUGUUCAUCCUCUUAUGCAGCACAUUCCUUUGUGGGUUCUUAAAUGGCAAGGUCUACAAAAGAAAGUAAUCUUUGUCACAGUUAUUACGGACCUCAGCACUUGCCACCGUACAUGGUUUAACCCUGGAGUCAAUCGAUUGUACUGCCCCUCUGAGGAGGUAGCAAAGAGGGCUUUAUUUGAUGGAUUGGAAGAAUCUCAAACAUGCGUUUUUGGGUUGCCUAUUCGUCCUUCUUUUUGUAGAGCAAUUUUUUCCAAGGAUGACCUCAGAUUAGAGCUAGCGAUGGACCCCACAUUGCCGGCAGUGCUACUGAUGGGUGGGGGUGAAGGGAUGGGACCCGUGAAGAAAACUGCAAAGGCCCUCGGAGAAGCUCUUUUCGAUAAAGAAAUGGAGAAACCUAUCGGUCAAUUGGUUGUCAUAUGUGGACGCAAUGAAGAGCUAGCAUCCACAUUACAAUCAAUCGAAUGGAACAUCCCGGUCAAGAUUAAAGGAUUUCAGAAACAGAUGGAGAAAUGGAUGGGUGUGUGCGACUGUAUUAUCACAAAGGCUGGACCUGGUACAAUUGCAGAAGCAUUAAUCAGAGGGCUACCAAUUAUUCUCAACGACUACAUUCCUGGACAAGAAAAGGGAAACGUCCCAUACGUGGUGGACAAUGGAGCUGGUAUUUUCACGCGAAGCCCCAAGGAAACAGCUCGAAUUGUUGCAGAGUGGUUUAGCACCAAAACGGAUGAGAGGAAAAAAAUGUCAGAGAAUGCACUAAAACUUGCACAACCAGAUGCGGUUUUUGACAUCGUGAAGGACAUUCACGAACUCGCAUGCCAGAGGGGUCCCCUUGCCAACAUUCCUUACGCCUUCACGUCUUCAUUUUCAAGCUUGAUUUAACCCAGAUACAUAGAUUCUGCUUUUCUUUUUGUUUUUUUUUACUGCAAGGUCUAAGAUUUGUUCUAGUAGGAUAUUAUGUAAGGUAGGUUCAAUGAUCUCAUUUUUUGGCCAUAAACGCUUGGCGCGCUCAUUGUACUAUUGUAGAUUAUCUAGACAAUUUCCAAUCCUUGGUUAGUCGGGGAAAAAAAAAAAAAAAAAAGGAAAUUUAAAAAGAGGCGAGAACGAGGGAGCUGCAAUAAAAAUGCAGAAAAUGAGAGAAAGUUUCUCAUGUUUUGGAGUGUUGAAAGUUGAAUCCAUUCUUUAGUAUUAAAGAUUACUUCUCUCUGGAGGACCUGUUUCGGGUUACAUCAAAAUUGAAGAAUCUUCACUUGUCCAGAAAAUUUGUGUUGAAUAUUUUGCUUUUUCUUUUUCUUUUUCAAGACCUUGAUAUGUAUUAUUGUCUGUUGCUGAAUUUGUUUUGUCUCUUGCUA